AUGGCCAUAGCAUGUAUGACGACCGAUUACCGAUUCCAAGCACCCAAUCCUAACUCGGGUUCCCGUCCGCAGAAUGCUAGUUUCCAUGUGCCAACGAUCCAUCCUACACAUUCCACUCCUUCCUCGUUCUCUCAAUUCCUUCAAAUCAGAAUCCAGAUUAUGCAAUACAACAUCGAAAUUUCCAUCAUCAUCAAAGGUAUUUGGAAUUGUAUUAUGAUCAGUCCUUUUUGA